UUCUUCACAUUUCCAAUCAAGACUUCUAACUGAUAGUUAUAAAAGGCGAAAAAACUGUCUGAGAUGGUAACAUCCGUUCAACAAGGAGGUCCAUCUGAAUCUUUUUGCAAAUCGAAAAUUGAUUUCUCUUCCUAGUAAUUCCAGUGUGUUGACAAGUUUACUUCUUCAGUUCAGUGUUUGUUGCUAGAAAAUUUGGUGAUCUCAUGGACGUACAGCCCCACUUUUCUCCACCACAAUGCAGUUACACCACCUUUCAUUGUAUUUCUGCCAAAUUUGACUCGGGCAACUGGCCCAAAUAUAUCACUGUGACGUUGAUUCCACAUCAAAGCUGCCAUCUUUGGAGAGACUGCAACCAUGUUAAAUCAUCUACAAAGCAGCAAUGUAUUAUGAGAAUAUCUGUCUGAAAUGCCAAAAAAACAAGUUUUGACCUUUUCCGACUCCUCCACGAAGAAUGUUGGCAAGAAGACACUUCUUACCUUACCACUAUUAAAUGAGACAACGUAAGACAUAAAUGCAUUACUCAUAUUUAUGAUUAAGAUUGAAGCUGCAUGACCAAGUGUUGAAAGCUUCCCUUCACAUGGGGUUGAGCAAAAUUGUUCUGAAGUUCUUUUACUGAGUCAAAAAUCUCACCUGAAAAGCAUUGAGUACCUCUUCAGCUUGAUGAAACUACCAUGCAGUAGAAAAAGGCAACUUCCUAAUGAAGUAACUGCCCCAUCCAGCCUUAUUUAGAGGUCGUUGAACCAAAAUGCUUCCCAUGCUGUUUAAAUGACUCAAGCCCACAGCUUAGAAAAAAGGCAACUUCUUAAAAUAUGCUUCUGCUAUAAGAGCUAUUUCUAAGCAGACCUUCUUGCUUGAAUUCUUUACAAUUCCUACCUUUGACGUGCUAUAACUCUCCCUUUUGUAUUUUCAAUGGGAUUGCCGAUCAAGACAGCUAACUUCAGUUGCCAGGAUACCUCGUAUAGAAUCAAGACCAAGGACAUUUCUUAUAGACUACCUUGCCAAAUGAACAAUUUCGGUUGUGGGUUCUGCAGAGGAAGGCAAAAAGAUUCCUACAUUUUGAAGAAUGUAAACUGUGAAGCUGGGCCAGGAGAGAUCACAGCCAUUGCUGGUCCUAGUGGGGCUGGAAAGACGACAUUGUUGGACAUUCUUGCAGGCAUGAUCCCGCUUAGCAAAGUCUGUGGCCACGUCCUCGUGAACGAAAUGGAGAUGAAUGCGAAGCAUUUUCGAAGAAUCUCUGGCUACGUCAUCCAAGAGGAUGAUCUUUUUCCUCUUCUUACAGUAGAAGAGACCCUUAUGUUCAGCGCUCGUUUGAGGCUGUUUGGUGAGAUCAACAAGGUCAAAGCCAGAGUGAGGGAGAUAAUUAAGGAGCUUGGUCUCGAGCAUGUCGCUAACGUAAGAGUUGGUGAUGCAUCAAGCCGAGGCAUUUCAGGAGGCGAAAAGCGAGGAGUUUUGAUUGGGGUUGAAUUGGUUCACGACCCUGCUGUUCUUUUGUUAGAUGAACCAACUUCAGGACUUGAUUCUACCUCGGCUCUUCAAGUAGCCUUGCUUCUAAAAGCCAUGGCCACAAAUCAAGGCAAAACCAUUGUUCUCACCAUCCACCAACCUGGCUUCCGUAUUCUUGAACUUUUUGAUCAAAUUCUGCUGCUAGCCAAAGGGAAUGUUCUUCACCAAGGCUCCCUCGACCUCCUCGAGCAGCGACUCCGACAAUCAGGUCAUUCCAUUCCUAGACAUGUAAACGUAGUCGAAUUCGCCAUUGAAAUCACAGAAGCCCUCAAAGUCGACACCGAAGAAGAGACCGAAGUCGAAAACAACAAGAAAACAAAGCCAAAUCCGGGUAAUCUUGAAGAACAUAGCAACAAUCCCAUCUUCAUAAACACAAUAGCUAAUGAAAUUCUAAUCCUGAGCCAGAGAUUCUGCAUCAACGUAUUCCGAACAAAGCAACUCUUCUUCUCAAGAACAAUACAAGCAAUGCUAAUCGGGUUUGUACUAGGAACAAUUUUCACAAACAGCCCCGAUUCAAAGAACCUAAAAUUACAAACCCAACUGGGAUUUUUCGCCUUCACCGUCGCAUUCUUAAUGUCAGCCUCAACAGAAGGUCUACCAAUUUACCUACAGCAGAGGAGAAUUCUAAUGAGAGAAACUUCAAGAGGAGCUUACAGAGUAUGUUCUUACGUUAUAGCAGAUACCCUCGUUUUCCUGCCUUUCCUGCUAACAGUAGCUCUUCUCUACGCCAUUCCAGUUUACUGGUUGGUCGGAUUGAAGAGGGAAAUUCUAGGGUUCCUCUAUUUUUCCCUCGUCGCUUGGAUCGUUGUCUUGAUGGCGAAUUCGGUCAUCGCCUGCUUCAGCGCUCUGGUGCCCAACUUCGUAAUCGGAACUUCUCUGGUUGGAACUGUUGUUGGGUCUUCGUUUCUGUUCUCUGGGUAUUUCAUUUCGAGAGAGGAAAUCCCCAAAUACUGGAUUUUCAUGCAUUACUUGAGCUUGUUCAAGUACCCAUUUGAAUGCUUUGUGAUAAACGAGUACGGAGGAGAGGGAGAGAAGAGGAGGUGUUUGAUCAAAGAAGAGGGAAUUUGCAUUCUGUACGGCUACGAGUUCUUGAGGAACAGAGGUCUUAGAGAGUCACAGAAAUGGAGUCAUUUGGGUAUUAUGUUGAGCUUCGUUCUGGGUUACAGAGUGCUCUGUUUUCUCGUUCUGUGGUAUAGAUCUCGGACGGCAAGAAAAUGAAGCUUUAAAUUGGUUUGAUUCAAGUUCAUCAAUGGUGUAUCUUAAGAAACUUCUGCAGUUCAUUCCAUUCUCCAUGUUUAUGUAUGAUGAAAGACGCGAAAAAGAGAAGAAUGAAACAGAUACAUGUUUGAUAUUUCUUAUGAAUUCCUUCAUAUGGGAAUUUUUGACGAACAGUUCGAUGCUUCAACUCUUUCGUUGGAUUGUGGAGAUGAAAAUUUUGACGCCAUCACACGUCAAGAUUCGUUCUUAUGGGAUUUCUAAAGAACGGAGUUCCGACGGUUUUAGUUUCAGAAAUUUGCCGUUUUUAAGCGAAGUAUGCAAAGCUCAAAAGUUUCUAGUUCUAA